AUGGUCAAGGGAGACAUGGUCCCCGUCGUGAAGGCCAUGGUGGACACGGUGGUGACCCUGGUGGAAGCUCAGACCCUAGUGAUGCGACAGUGCACGCGCAGCCCAUCGUACUUUCCAGAAUGUGAGAUAUCCCCUGUGCAUCAGCCUGCAAGCUGGGCAGAUUGCCUACCGGACAACACGUACCUGCGUGAAGGAAUUCGUGGAAUCAAAAAGCUCGUCGCAGCUAAGUUAGGCACGGCGCUCCCAGAAAACACUGUCCUGAAGAGCAUCAAAGACUUACCGAAGCCUGAAAAAUAUGGCGGUGAUGAUAAUCGUGAAGUCUUUGAUGCGUGGAUAAAAUCCUUGAUGCACUGCAUGCGACUUGCUCGCUUGGGCGGCCCCAAUCUGGAUGAGGAAUGUCUCCAGAUCCUGGGUCAGUUCCUCAAAGGUGCUGCCUCAGAAUGGUUCAAUGAGAAUGUCGAUGACGUCGAACAAGAUGACGAACCUUGGACAUUUGUGAAAGCACUGUGUGCAUUGUUCAAGCACUUCUUGCACUUUGCAUCCACGAUCAGCAUCGCAGACCAAUUUGAUGCUGUUGAAUACACUAAGCAAGGUGGUGUAGUCAGAUUGCGAGACACACUUACUAAGUACGCAAGACGGAUGCCAGUAUACCCUGAUAAUUAUACGUUUGCUCGACGCUUCAUGGACGCGCUUCCUGACAAGAUCCGAGUGUCGCUUUUAUGCGACCGUGAUGUUUCCUUGGAAGGGACUGACUUCCCAGUUUUGCUGCAGUUAGCAUGCCAGCAGGAACACAAUAACAAGACACUUGCCUUACUGAAGUCAUGGCAGCCAGCUACAUCUAAACCGCCUAAUCCUGUAUCCUCCAGCGGCGCUGCGAGGCCAUCCGUGCUGCCAAAUGUGAGGACUGUGAAUCCAUCCGUGAAGUCUGGGCAUUAUAUCUGGGUCAUUCUCCAUGAAGGUCAGGGCAAACUUGAUGCCCCUGCAUUGGAGAUGACUGCACCCGAACUCGAAGCGUCAGCCGCUGAUGAUGGGCAAGCCAACGUGGAGUGGGAGGAUGACCUUGACACCCUGGUUGAUGGAUCACAAUAUGACCCAGAUGAUCAAUUAUAUGUGUUUUCUGACUAUGAUGAGGAUGAAGACUCACACGUGUUCUUCAGCUCCAUGAGACUGCAGCUCGAAGCUUUGUUGUCCCCCUCUAUCAUGACAUCAAUGGUCAAUGGUGAUCCGGAAAUGGAUAGCCAGUUGCAGCAGGCCAUUGAUCACAUCAAGUGUAUCUCAGCAGUGAACUCUGCAUUAGAGAAGAAGGCGACACACCAUGAGCAGAACGUGCAGACGCUGCGCUGUGAGCUGCAGUGGGCACGUAGGCAGCUCACGUUGGUCACGGAUGGGGAGAAUAGCUAUGUCUAG